GUUCACACUCCACCCUUUUUGCUGUCUUGGGACGAGCCAUUCUUCGCGUUCGCAUUGACCUCUCGACACGUCCUGCUCCUUCGCGACAGCCCAGUACCUUCGAUAAAUCCCGAGACCACGCUCCAAACCUGGCCUUUGUGCUAUUGCUCCUGAUGUACUAAUGGAGGAUGACGAGUAUACGACCAGCAAAAUGGAGGAAAUUAAGCUUGAGGAGGGCACAAACGGCGCGCAGGUGAAGCAGGAGGAGAGGACUCCCAUGUCUGUCACGAAUGGCGGCCAGGAAGAAUCCCGAUCGCCGAGCGCUUCUCAUGAUGGCGUCAAGUCGCGCAGUGGAAGCGCAGACACACCGAGCUCAAACAGGCCCUCAAAGCUCUCUCGGAAGGCUUCUCAGAAGUUGGCAGCCAGCCGCGAACCCGUCCUUUUCGACCACCUCCCCGACAUGACCGCCGAAUCUUGUAAUUUCUUUCAGCUCAUUCCCGAUUGCCUAUACGGCUCAAAGCACCUUGGAUCUACAGAUAACGACGCCUUGGACUGCGAGUGUCGGGAAGAAUGGCACGAUGGCGAAAAUAUUGCAUGUGGCGAGGACUCGGACUGCAUUAAUCGAGCGACAAAAAUGGAAUGUAGCGCUGAGGCUGGAAAUUGUGCAGGGGGCUGCCAGAAUCAGCGGUUCCAGCGCAAGCAGUACGCCAACGUUUCUGUCAUCAAGACCGAAAAAAAGGGCUUUGGCCUCCGCGCUGACUCUGAUCUACAAGCCAAUGACUUCGUCUUUGAGUACAUUGGCGAAGUUAUCAAUGAGCCUACCUUUCGCCGUCGAAUGAUGCAGUACGACGAAGAGGGUAUCAAGCAUUUUUACUUCAUGUCGCUAAACAAGAGCGAGUUUGUGGACGCAACAAAAAAGGGCAACUAUGGUCGCUUCUGCAAUCACUCUUGCAACCCCAACUGCUAUGUUGAUAAGUGGGUGGUUGGCGACAAACUCCGAAUGGGCAUUUUUGCCUCGCGCAAGAUCCAAUCCGGGGAAGAGUUGGUGUUUAACUACAAUGUUGACCGAUAUGGUGCUGACCCCCAACCCUGCUACUGCGGGGAAGCCAAUUGCGUGGGAUUCAUUGGAGGCAAAACACAAACUGAGCGAGCAACCAAAUUGCCUGUUGCGACUGUCGAGGCUUUAGGUAUCGAUGGAGGUGACGGUUGGGAUACUUCCGUGGCAAAGAAGCCUCGAAAGAAGAAGCCAGAUGAGGACGAUGAGGAAUAUGUCAACAGUAUACCUUCGCGCAGUCUCAACGAAGACGACGCGCGAAAGGUCAUGGCUGCUCUUAUGCAAUGCAAAGAGAAAUGGAUUGCGGUGAAAUUACUGGACCGUAUCCUGCGGUGCGACGAGGAGCGCGUCAUCCACUGUGUUAUGCGUAUGCACGCUUACCAAAUUCUCAAAACAACACUCAACACCUUUAUCGAGGACCACAACGUUGUCCUUCAGGUUUUGGAUAUCCUCGACAAGUUCCCACGCUUGACAAGGAACAAGAUCCAGGACUCCAAGAUCGAGGCCACGAUCGAGGGUCUGACACGAUCCGAGCACGAAGACGUGGCUUCCAAGUCAAAAUACCUUCUCGACGAGUGGAGUAAGUUAGAGGUGGCGUACCGAAUCAGACGACGCAAGUUCGACCCCAACGCACCAGCUGCAAACUCAUUUGAGGAACGACGCGGUGCAGGUCGAGACGAGGAGGUAGCGCAAUCUUCAAAGACAGCGUCACCGCAGACCAUUGACGCACCGAAAGGUCCUCGAAACAGCAUGCCGCAAAGGAAUGUUGCUUUUUUUCAGAACGGCGGGCGCCCUCGUAGGCCCCCAUUCAAUGGUGGGCUUCCUCAAGGAUGGUUCACCGCCAAGGAUGCUGCAGGAAACACUUAUUUCUAUAACAAGCAGGGCGCCACAACGUGGCAGCGACCUACCCAACCUGUAGCGGAACCUGCUGUCAAGGCACCGUCCAAAGCUAUGAAGGAGCAAUUGGCGAUCCAAAGUAUUAUCAACCAGGUCACUGAGAGGGGAACACCUAAACAUACUUCAGUUUCGACCCCCAAGACGGCGGAUACGCCACCCAAGGAGGUGAAGGAGGAGAAAUGGCGAUCUCUUCCAGUCGAAAAACAAAUGAAGAUAUACGAAAACACGGUGUUUCCCCACAUCAAACAUGUCCUCGACAAAUUCCAUCACAAACUUCCUAAGGAGGAGCUGAAGCGCUUUGGUAAAGAGAUAGCUAAGAAGCUUGUCUCGUCCGACUAUAAGAACAACCGUGUCGGCGACCCCAAUGCACCACUAAGUGAAAAGCAAGCGAGGAAAAUGAAGCAGUACGUCAAAGACUUCUUGGACCGUGCUGUUAAGAAAUUCGGUGAUCAGCAGAAACCAAGGGCGGGCGAAAACGCAGAUACCCAGAUGAAAGGUGACCAAGGCCCCAGUGCUGCAGGAAGCAGUACUGGCUCCGUCGCUGGUGGGCUUGAGGGUACAUCUUUAGCUAAGGUUAAUGGGACUCCAGCUGAUGGGCUUGACGCUGCCACGGCAUCGGAUAAUGAGGGCAGUGGUUCUCUGGGAAGCCCUGAACGUAAGAGGAAGAGGGAGUCGGAAGUAGAAGGCCCGCUAUCGAUAUCUCCAUCUGAUGGGCCAAACAUGAAGAGGUUAAGAGAGGAUGAGUUGGAUGCGCCCAGCCCUCCUCCUCCUCCACCGCCUCCUCCGCAAUCAGCCAUGGAAGGUGUUGUUAAUGCUGAACAGCAGGCUCUUCGUGAGCAGGAGGAAGCAUUAAUGAGGGAGAACGAGGAGGCACAAAGGCUUGAAGACGAGGCCAACCAUACGAAGGAUCUGGAGGACGCCACUAGAGGCGCUGAGAAAGAUUUGCUGGAUGCUUCCAACGAGCUGUCUCGCCUGAAUCACGAGGCUAGAGGGAUUGGGUCACAGAAGACGUCAGCUUAAAGCACGAGCAAAAGGGUUGCAGAACAGGAUCUGCUGAGUCCCCGGCACUGCAGUCUACGGAUAGGAGCACUAAUGGAGCUUGGUUGGGACAUAAUCACACUUGCAUUUCGGGAGUUAAAGGGCCAAUACCAGGCGCACUGUACCAUCACUAUAUAAUCGGCGAACAGCCUGUAUAUUUUGGACCCUGUGUUCAAUGGG